AUGACUGCACAAAUUGUGAAGGACGCUGUCAGGAAGAUUAAAGCAACGAAUCUGCAAAGAGCUGAGCACAAGGCUGAGAAACAAGUUGAGAAGAGAGCCGACAACAAGCUAAAAAAGGUUAAGCUAAAGGAAGCCACUGAGGUUGAGCUAUCACCCUAUGAUAAGCUCCCUUUUCCCCAAAGAGUUCUCACCAAAGCUCAGAAGAAGGUGCUCUCCAAGGUCAGGAAAGAUCUUAGUGAUAUUGGGGUCAGACUUCCAAAAAUCUCAGGUAUGCGUGAAGCUCAUGUCCAGAUGAUGCUCAUCAACGACAUUCUAGACCACCAAGCUGAAGUGGCCGAGCUUUUGGACAUCUCCAUUCCGAAGAUUGAUCCAAUAAUCCCUCCAAAGUCCCUCCCUAAGCUUGAGUCUCAAGGGAUGUUCACCUUGCCUUGCUACCUUGGGAUUGAGAGCAUGGAGCCAAACACAUCUUCACUACAGUUUGGAGAUUCCUCUUCUACAACUCCUAUUGGUCUCAUCAAGGACUUCCCUUUGAAGAUUGGAGCAUGCACCAUUCCUAUAGACCUUACUGUUCUGAAGAUGGCAACUGAGAAGAGAGUCCCAUUGAUCCUUGGCACUCCAUUCCUCACAUCAGUGGGAGCUUGCAUAGACUUUGCCAACAAGAAGGUCACUCUCCUAAAUGUGAACAAAGCUGUCUCCUAUCCAUUAUAA